GGAGAAGCCACCCGCCCGCACCCGGCGCUGGGGUCUCCGAGGAGUCGCGUGCGUCGCCGCCGCCGCCCUUCGCCGUGGUCCCAGCCAUGGCUGCACGCAUGUUCCGCGGCUCCCUACGCUGGUGGGGCUGCCGCUGCGCCUUGCCCUCGCGGCCGGCCGCGAGAUAUUCUCAUUCUGGAGGAGAAGAACGUCUAGAAACUCCUUCUGCUAAAAAAUUAACAGAUAUAGGAAUUAGAAGAAUCUUUUCUUCAGAACAUGACAUUUUCCGGAAAAGUGUAAGGAAGUUUUUUCAAGAAGAAGUGAUUCCUUACCACGCAGAGUGGGAGAAAGCUGGAGAAGUGAGUAGGGAGCUUUGGGAGAAAGCUGGAAAACAAGGACUGCUCGGUGUCAAUAUUGCAGAGCGUCAUGGUGGUAUUGGUGGGGACCUUUAUUCCGCAGCUGUUACCUGGGAGGAACAAGCGUAUUCGAAUUGUACAGGCCCAGGUUUUAUUCUUCAUUCAGAUAUUAUCAUGCCCUAUAUUGUAAACUAUGGCUCAGAAGAACAGAUUAAGCGGUUCAUCCCGCAGAUGACCAGUGGGAAAUGUAUCGGUGCCUUAGCAGUGACAGAGCCUGGGGCGGGAAGUGAUUUGCAAGGAAUAAGAACAAAUGCCAAAAAGGAUGGAAGUGACUGGAUUCUCAAUGGAAGCAAGGUGUUCAUCUCCAAUGGGUGGCUGAGUGACAUUGUGAUUGUAGUGACAGUCACAAAUCGUGAAGCUCUCUCUCCUGCCCAUGGCAUUAGCCUUUUUCUGGUGGAAAAUGGAAUGAAAGGAUUUAUCAAGGGAAGAAAGCUACAAAAAAUGGGACAAAAAGCCCAGGAUACUGCAGAAUUAUUCUUUGAAGAUGUCCGGUUGCCAGCUAGUGCCCUAAUUGGAGAAGAGAAUAAAGGCUUCUAUUACCUCAUGAAAGAGCUUCCACAGGAAAGGCUAGUGAUUGCUGACCUGGCAGUUUCAGCCAGUGAAUUCAUGUUUGAAGAAACCAGGACUUAUGUUAAAGAAAGAAAAAUUUUUGGGAAAACAGUUGCACAAAUGCAGACAGUACAACAUAAGCUAGCAGAAUUAAAAACACAAAUUUGUGUAACCAGAGCUUUUGUGGACAGCUGUCUCCAGCUGCAUGAAAAGAAACGUCUGGACUCUGCCUCUGCCUCCAUGGCGAAAUAUUGGGCAUCUGAGUUACAAAACCGUGUGGCUUAUGACUGUGUCCAGCUCCAUGGAGGUUGGGGAUACAUGUGGGAGUACCCAAUUGCAAAAGCUUAUGUGGAUGCCCGAGUUCAGACAAUCUAUGGUGGUACCAACGAAAUAAUGAAGGAGCUGAUUGCAAGAGAAAUCAUCCAAGACAAGUAGAUGUCUGCCCACAUCCUGGAAUCCUAUUACAACUAAUCUGGUUUUAAAUCUACUCAA